CCCUGGACUUCAUUCCGAGGCUUUUGGAAAGACCAAAGGCUGCUGUUGCAGGAAGAGCGGCACGGGAUAUCGGAGCCGGGAUCAGCAGCCGGGAAUCUAGGGGGGAAACUUGAACUUUUUUGACAAAUACAGAAAGCAAGUCACGGACUGUAACUAUACUUUAAAUCGCAUACCAAGACCCCCCGCGUAGCUCUGCCGUGCCAUGGAGGAUGGGAAGCCGGUGUGGGCGCCGCACCCGACGGACGGGUUCCAGCUGGGCACCAUCGUGGACAUCGGGGCGGACAGCUUGACCAUCGAGCCUCUGAAGCAGCCGGGCAAGACCUUUCUGGCUCCGGUCAACCAAGUGUUCCCCGCCGAGGAUGAUGUCAACAAGCAUGUGGAGGACAACUGUUCUCUCAUGUACUUGAAUGAAGCUACACUUCUGAACAAUGUUCGUGUGCGCUACAGUAAAGACAAAAUUUAUACCUUUGUGGCAAACAUCCUGAUCGCGGUGAACCCCUACUAUGACAUCCCCAAGCUCUACUCCCCCGAAACCAUCCAGAAGUACCGUGGAAGGUCACUGGGCACGCUUCCUCCUCACGUCUAUGCAAUCGCGGACAAAACCUACCGCGACAUGAAGGUACUCAAGAUGAGCCAGUCCAUAAUUGUGUCUGGAGAGUCUGGAGCAGGGAAAACAGAAAACACCAAAUUUGUACUCCGGUAUUUGACAUCAUCUUACGGGACUGGCCAGGAUAUUGAUGAGAGAAUAGUGGAAGCUAAUCCACUCCUUGAGGCCUUUGGAAAUGCAAAAACUGUCAGGAACAACAAUAGCAGUCGAUUUGGAAAGUUCGUAGAAAUCCACUUCAGUGCAAAGAAUGCUGUGGUUGGUGGGUUUGUGUCCCACUACCUGCUGGAGAAGUCCCGAAUCUGCACGCAGGGCAAAGAGGAGAGGAACUACCACAUUUUCUACAGGCUGUGCGCUGGUGCGCCCGAAGACAUCAGCCAGAAGUUUCACCUCAGCUCCCCGGACACCUUUAGGUAUCUGAAUCGGGGCUGCACCCGGUACUUUUCCACCAAAGAAACGGACAAACAGAUUCAGCAGAACCGCAAGAGCCCGGAGCACCUGAAGGCGGGGUCGCUCAAGGACCCGCUGCUGGAUGACCACGGGGACUUCAGCAGGAUGUGCGGGGCGAUGAAGAAGAUCGGCCUGGACGACACGGAGAAGCUGGACCUGUUCCGGGUGGUCGCCGGCGUCCUGCACCUGGGGAACAUCGACUUCGAGGAGGCGGGGAGCACCUCGGGCGGCUGCAACCUGAAGAAUCAGUCCAGCCAGUCUCUGGAAUACUGCGCCGAGCUGCUCGGGCUGGACGAGGAUGACCUGCGAGUCAGCCUCACCACCAGGGUCAUGCUCACGUCAGCAGGGGGCGCCAAAGGAACGGCAAUCAAGGUGCCUCUGAAGGUGGAGCAAGCCAACAACGCGCGGGACGCCCUGGCCAAGGCGGUGUACAGCCGCCUCUUCGACCACGUGGUCACCCGAGUCAACCAGUGCUUCCCCUUCGAGACCUCCUCCAGCUUCAUCGGGGUCCUGGACAUCGCCGGGUUCGAGUACUUUGAGCACAACAGCUUCGAGCAGUUCUGCAUCAACUACUGCAACGAGAAGCUGCAGCAGUUCUUCAACGAGCGCAUCCUGAAGGAGGAGCAGGAGCUGUACCAGAAAGAGGGGCUGGGAGUCAACGAGGUUCACUACGUCGACAACCAGGACUGCAUAGACCUGGUGGAGGCCAAACUGGUGGGCAUCCUGGACAUCCUGGACGAGGAGACCCGUCUACCCCAGCCCACCGAUCAGCACUUCACAGAGACCGUGCACAGCAAGCACAAGGACCACUUCCGCCUGACCGUGCCCAGAAAGUCCAAGUUGACGGUGCACAGGAACGUGCGGGACGACGAAGGCUUCAUCAUCAGGCACUUUGCCGGAGCUGUCUGCUACGAAACGGUAAAGUUUGUGGAGAAGAACAACGACGCCCUCCACAUGUCCUUAGAGUGCCUGGUGAGCGAGUCUAAGGACAGGUUUGUUCGAGAACUCUUCGAAAAUUCAAAUAAUUCCAAGGACUCCAGGCAGAAGGCCGGGAAGCUUAACUUCAUCAGCGUGGGAAACAAAUUCAAGACCCAGCUGAACCUCCUACUGGACAAACUCCGUAGCACAGGUUCCAGCUUUAUUCGUUGUGUGAAGCCCAACCUGAAGAUGGUGAGCCACCAGUUUGAAGGAGGACAGAUCCUGUCACAGCUGCAGUGUUCAGGAAUGGUCUCUGUUUUGGACCUGAUGCAGGGUGGCUUCCCCUCCCGCGCCCCCUUCCACGAGCUCUACAACAUGUACAAACAGUACAUGCCUCCCAAGCUGACCCGCCUGGACCCACGCCUCUUCUGCAAGGCCUUGUUCAAAGCACUAGGAUUGAAUGAGCAUGACUACAAGUUUGGACUGACCAGAGUGUUCUUCAGACCUGGAAAGUUUGCGGAGUUUGACCAAAUCAUGAAGUCCGAUCCAGACCAUCUGGCCGAGCUGGUGAAACGGGUCAACAAAUGGCUGAUCUGCAGUCGCUGGAAGAAGGUUCAGUGGGGCGCGCUGUCCGUCAUCAAGCUGAAGAAUAAGAUCCACUACAGGGCGGUCGCCUGCGUUCAGAUGCAGAAGACGGUGCGCAUGUGGCUAUGCAAGAAGAAGCACAAGCCGCGCAUCGACGGCCUGGUGAAGGUGCGGAACCUGAAGAAGAGGAUGGACAAGUUUAAUGAGGUGGUGAACGGGCUGAAGGAGGGCAAACAGGAAAUGAGCAAGCAGAUCCAGGAGCUCGACGCCUCCAUCGACGCGCUCAUGGCCAAGAUCAAGGCAACGGUGAUGACCCGUAUGGACAUAGACCACGAGCAUCAGGCGCUGGUCAAGCGCUCCGAGCAGCUGCUGACGGCGCUGCAGAAGAAGAAGCAGGAAGAGGAGGAGAUGGAGCGACUGAGACGCAUCCAGGAGGAGAUGGAGAAGGAGAGGAGGAGGCGCGAAGAGGAGGAACAGCGCCGCAAGCAGGAGGAGGAGGAUCGGCGUCUGAAAGCGGAGAUGGAGCUGAAGAGGAAGCACGAGGAAGAGGAGAGGAAGAAGAUGGAGGAGGAAGAGAAGAGGCUACAGGCGGAGAUGGAGCUGCAGCUGGAGGCGGAGCGGGAGGAGGAGGCCCAGCGACAAGCCGUCCUGGAGCAGGAGAGGCGGGACCGGGAGCUGGCCAUGAGGAUCGCCCAGAGCGAGGCUGAACUCAUCACCGAGGAGACGCAAACGGACACGAGCUUGCGCAGUAAUGGCACCUCAGGUGUUGAGUCUCCAGAGAGCGUGAAUGCUGGCACACUUCAAAAGACCAAGAGCUUGACAAUGGAGGAAAUGGCCAAGGAAAUGUCUGAACUGCUGGCUAGGGGCCCGCAGGUGCAGGCGACCAAAGCGGCAGCCGGGGCCAAGAAGUACGAGCUGAGCAAGUGGAAGUACGCCGAGCUGCGAGACGCCAUCAACACCUCUUGCGACAUUGAACUGUUGGCAGCCUGCCGAGAGGAGUUUCACCGCCGUCUGAAGGUCUACCACGCCUGGAAAUCAAAGAACAAGAAGCGUAACACUGAAACUGAGCAGAGGGCCCCUAAAUCAGUCACCGACUACGAUCUUGCACCCGCGGUGAAAAACGCAUCCCAGCAGAACGCGGCCCCGCCCAUCCCCGUCCGGCACCACGAGAUCGCCAUGAACCGGCAGCAGCGCUACUUCAGGAUCCCCUUCAUCCGGCCCAGCGACCAGUUCAAGGACCCGCAGGCCAAGAAGGGCUGGUGGUACGCCCACUUCGACGGGCCCUGGAUCGCCCGGCAGAUGGAGCUCCACCCGGACAAGCAGCCCAUCCUCCUGGUGGCAGGGAAGGACGACAUGGAGAUGUGCGAGCUGAACCUGGAGGAGACGGGCCUGACCCGGAAGCGGGGGGCCGAGAUCCUCCCGCGGCAGUUCGAGGAGAUCUGGGAGCGCUGCGGGGGCGUCCAGUACCUCCGGAGCGCCAUCGAGAGCAGGCAGGCCCGGCCCACGUACGCCACCGCCAUGCUGCAGAGCCUCCUCAAAUGAGAGCGCCCCGCCCCGGCCUUCGCCCCCGGCCCCGCAGACACCCCGGGGCCAAGAGCGAAAGCUUUAGCUGCUGUUUCAAAAGGGAAGAGGAGGGAACUCCCUAUCAAAGAGGGCAUUGAAAACACACUUUUUUUGACUGGGGGCAUCCACAAUACAAAUGAACUGAUUUUCUUUUUUUUUAGUUUUUUUUGGUUUUUUUGGUUUUCGGUUAUGUUCAGCUUUUUAAAAAUUUCUUUUCGUUUUUCUUUUUCGUAAUUUUUUUUUUUCUUCUGCUGAGAAUCUGCGGGGAGAAAGUCAGCUAGCUAGACGUCCGAGCGGCUUUGUGUUUCGCACAAAUCUGCUUUUUUGCUUUAAUCUCGCUCCACCUUUAACUGAGAUGCCUUAAAAACUACUUUUUGACAAGGUAAUUGCUGAAAGUAGAAACGGUUUUAAAAGCUGCUUCUCCAAAAGAAAACAUUUAUAUAUAUAUAUAAAAAGAUUAAAUGGUAGAUAUCAGUGUUGACAUGUUCAAUCAUUAAAAUAGCUCACACGUAUUAUUAAUUAGGUUAUCUCUUCACUUAUAAUUAUCUCUCGUCGUGGCUCAGAACAGACUGAAAUUGUUCCGUCAGCAUAGUUUUCCUUCAGUGGCUCAAAAUUUGCACUAUACAUGGGUGACUGGAAAUGAUCAGAUGUUAAACGUAUGGAAUAAAUGUUGUAUUUUAGACACAGACUGUAUAUAUAGUAUAUACAAUGCACAUUCCACACAACGCAUUACAUUUGCUAGCUUAUACCAUGAGACACUGCAGUUCGUCCGGUCAGCGGUACUGGGCAGUGUGAACAUAUUUUGAGAAAUUUUUCGUUCCUGUCAUUUCUAGAUCAUGCUAUUGCUUCUAAAACUGAAUGGAUUUAAAUUCUCUCAUUUUUUACAAUUUUGGAGGCCAGAAGACAAAGUAAAAAAGUGAGAGAAGUGGUCAAAUCUGAUGGUGAUUUUACAAGGAGGAAAAAAAACUGUCAAAUUAUUUCUGGUCUGUCAGGGAAGUCACUCAAGCCCAACAAAUUUCAAAAGAAAUUUUUCUACUUCCAUGUUAGUGUAUCUAUAAUUUGUUCUUUCUUUCAUGCUUACAAAUAAGUUUGGAGUUUUCAAACAUCAAUAAUUAUUAAAGCAAAAUACAUAAAAUUAUGCAAUAAUUCAAGUAAGAAAUGCAAUCUAAAAAUAUGAAAGUUUUUUAUGCUUUGACAUAGAUCAGAAUAGAAUGUGUUUGAUAUUGAUAAAAAGGGUAUCGUAAAUAAUGCAAUACGAGAGAUAUACUGUAUAUUUUAAAGGGUGGAGGAUGCCAGCCUUCAAGACCAAGUAUAUUAGGCAUGUUGUUUGUGAGACUGGUGUGAUUGACAUUUGGAAAGAGGGUGCUGUGAGCUACACGCGGCAGCUCUGCGCUAGCGAAGAAUGACAUCACACGCGGCUCAUUAGAAUGUGCAGGUCGUAUCCUCCGCUUCUAAACCCCCCCCCCCCCCCACCCCAGCUUUUCCAUUUGUUGCAGACAGGAUGCGUCUUCUCUCUCCGUACUGAAAGAAUGUAGUUUCUGCGCAGACUUCAUGAUUAACUUGUCAAAAAAAAACAUUUGCGCGUCGGAGAUUAAAGGGGUUGAGGCGUUAAACCGAAAAUUAGCGUCUUUAAUAAAGCGAAGGCUCCCGAGCGCGAGCUUGAUUACGCCCGCCGUCCGGGGUGGGCGGCGGUUUCUUACCGAAGAUCGAGCGAAACGGACCAGAGCCGCCGCUGGGUAAAAACAACAUGUGUGAGACAAUCUCAUGCCCAGGCUGGGGACCGCCUCCUCCUCCUCCUCCUUCGCCUCCUCCUCCUCCUCCUCCUUCGCCUCCUCCUCCCCCUCCUCCCCCUCCUCCUCCUCCUCCUCCUUCAGGCAAGCCUGUUUGCGGCCACUUCAUUCAUUGCUGAGGUUCAAAGGGCCGUCUGUCGCCCGGUGCAAACAGCAGGUCAGCGGCUGGAUCGUGUGAAUGUAUUCGGGCUCUCAUCUCACUGCCUUUCUGUUCAAGAGGCGUCUCUCAACCCAGGUCUGAUUAUUUAUUCACAAAUUUGAACGGCGGUGUGAUUGCGAAUGUUUCCUGGAUAUCUUCUAAUGUACAGUACCGUAAAUUAAUUAUGAUUAUGUGCUCUUUUUUUUCUGCCCCCCCCUCCCCCCCCGCCCCAUCUCACAACCCCCCACCCCUGCCACAACCACGGGCCCGAUUCUACGUGUUCACCCUUGUGGGUUUUCUAAUGCUGAUUUUUAACUGAUGUGCUGCUAAGCAAAAAAAUAAACACAUUCCAUGUUCGA